AAGAAUUCCAUAAAGAUGAAGCUUUUGGCUCUUGCAGAAGACUGGGGCUUUGACAAUCCUUGCAAUAAAAGCAGUGUGCUGAAGGGAGUAACGAAGUUUCCUCACCCUGACUCUAUUUUUAAGUUUUUGAUAUGUGAUGCCUCGGGAAAAACAUUUUCGGCACAAUGUCCAAAGGAAGAGGUUUUUCAUGCUGAUUGCUCUUCAUGUGCAUUACCAAACCAAACUUUUUCAAAGUCUUGUACGAUAUCUAAUGAGAUGUUUAGGAAACCUUGUUCAAAAGAAAAUAUCAUAGCUGGUAAUCUGACUUUUCCCCACCCAAACAGCACAAAUAAAUAUAUACGCUGUGAUAGUCGAGGAAAUGCAUGGGAAGAAGAAUGUUUCUCCGGCUCCUUCUGGGAUCAAACAAAGAUGAUUUGUGUGUUACCGGAAGCUUUCAAUCCUUGUCACAGGCGUGACAGCAUUGUUCAGACACUUUAUCCUCACUACUGUAAUCCUCGCUUAUAUGUCCAGUGUGACAACAACGGUCACCCUUUAGUACACAUGUGUCAGAAGGAUUACGUGUUUCUAAACAAUGAUCUUACUUGUUCUCCACCUGGAUUUCCAGGUACAGAAUAUCUAAGGUACACGUGUAACUAGGAUUUGAAAGAAAUCGCAUGUGAAAGAAACAUUUUCACCACAGAAAGACUUUUGUAUUAUUCAGAUUGAUGAUUUUUAUAAUCAUAUAUGAUACGAUGUAUAUAUGCAUAUAUAUAAGCAUUCCAAAACAUGAUGUGUUUGUCAUUUUUACAACAAGUAAUUGAUCAAGACAUAAACUAAUUGUAAUGAAAAUUUAAGUAUUUUCAAGAUCCAUUCAGGUACUCAUUAUUUAUCAAAGUGUUUUUAUCCCUGUCUUUUGUGAAUAGGUCUGGGCCUUUGAAUUUUAAAAAUUAACACCGAAAUGCCCUUAUAUGUGAAUAUAGUCAUAUAUCAUACAGUUAAAAUUUAGCUACUUGAUAGGGAAAAGGGUUGAAAUUAUGUGUUGGAAAAUUAACACAUUAUUUAAGUCAACUUGGUCUGCUUCUGAUAACUACAAAUUGUCAAGUGUGAAUUUUCAUUUUUUUAAUAAACAACAGUUUAAUUAUUCGAAAUUUGGAUGGCUAAAUUCAUGUUCAUGAUUUUUAAUCUCAAGAAUUAAAUACCACGGCCAGAAAGAUUUGUAUCAUUGUUUUCGUUAUUAAAAGAUAAGUUUAAGAUUUAACAUAGACAAACUUGUACCAUUACCAAAAAAAAAACGAUACAGAAACUAAUGGCUAAUUAGAGAUGUAACAAAUUAAGUCUGAUACUAUCAAUGGUGAUUGCCUCAUGACUUUAUGCUGAACUUUAUCAUUUUAUUUAAUAGGAUUCUAUUAUGGAUUUGGAAUAAGAAAGGCACAAACUUAAGUGCUAAUAUUUUGUAAAUCAACCAAGGCACAUCUUUUAUUUCAACUUCAUAUUAAUUCUUUAU